AUGGAUCGUACUUGGAUGUACGAUAGAGUAUAUUCCAAUAGACACGGAUUGAAAGAAGAGUAUGUUCGCGGGGUUAAAGACUUCGUAAAGAGGGCUUUGAAACAACCUAUUUGUAAAUCUGAGGGAGGGAUAAGGUGUCCGUGUAUAAAUUGCAAGUGUCUCAAGAUAAGAACACCAACUAAUGUUAGACUUCACUUGUAUCGAGAUGGAUUUCAACCAGACUAUUGGAUUUGGACUCAACAUGGAGAAGUAGAGCUCAAUGUUAAUACAAGGAAUGAUUCAAAUAGUAGUGAGCAUGUGCAUCAUGAUGACCAAAUUGAGGCAAUGAAUCAGAUGGUGUAUGAUGCUUUUAGGCCUUAUGGAGUAUUCUCUCACGUGAAUGAUAACAUAGAAGUUGAGGAAUAUACGGAGGAUGAGUUUCCCAACGAAGAUGCCAAACGAUUUUAUGACAAGUUGACAUCUUUCAACAAGCCCAUUUAUGAGGGAGCUACCCAAUCAAUAUUAUCAAUAUCUACUCAACUUCUUGAAAUUAGGUCUAAUUGGCAUGUACCACAAAAAGGUUUAGAUUUUGUUGCACAAAUGCUUAAAAGUGUAUGUCCAGUUCAAAAAUGCUUGCCCGAUAACUAUUACCAAGCAACACAGUUGGUAUCUAAGUUAGGGCUAAAGGUUGAGAAGAUUGAUUGUUGUAAGAAUGGUUGUAUGUUAUAUUACAAGGAUGAUAGCAAUCUAUCAGAGUGCAAAUUUUGUAAUGCUCCUAGGUUCAUUCCUCGCAAGACUGGCAUGGGAAAGUACAAAGAUAUCCCAGUGAAGAGAAUGUUCUACUUCCCAAUCAUUCCCAGAUUACAAAUAUUGUAUGCAUCAACUGAGUCGGCAAGUGAAAUGAGAUGGCAUCACAUGAACAAAAAUAGUUCCAACAUCCUUCGCCACCCGUCAGAUGGAAAAGCAUGGAAACAUUUUGAUAGUGUAUAUCCUGACUUUUCUAGGGAACCCAGAAAUGUAAGGUUGGGUCUGUGUUCAGAUGGUUUUACUCCUUACAUUCAAGCGUCUGCUUCUCCAUACUCAUGUUGGCCAAUAAUAGUUACUCCGUAUAAUCUCCCCCCUGAAAUGUGCAUGACCAAACCAUACUUGUUUUUGGCAUGCCUCAUACCCGGACCUAAAAACCCUAAAUUAAAGAUAGAUGUCUACUUGCAACCAUUGAUUGAUGAUCUACAUCGAUUGUGGUCCAAUGGAAUAUUGACCUAUGAUAUAUCUACAAAACAAAACUUCAUCAUGAAAGCCUGCUUGAUGUGGACAAUUAAUGAUUUUCCAGCCUAUGGUAUGUUAUCUGGAUGGGGAACACAAGGUAAAUUGGCAUGCCCUCAUUGUAUGGAACACACUGAUGCUUUCACCUUGAAAAGUGGCCAUAAGAAUUCCUGGUUUGACUGUCAUCGUCGUUUCUUGCCAUCUAAUCACUCCUUCAGAAGGAGUAAAAGAAGUUUCCUAAAAAAUAGGGUUGUGACCAAUGAGCCACCUCCCAUUUCCACAGGGAAAGAUAUAUGGGCGGUAAUAAGUAAUUUUCCAAAAGUUACUGAAAUUGGAUGGGAGGCGAAAUGGAAAGAAUUCGAAGGGUAUGGAGUGGAUCACAAUUGGAAAAAGCGAAGUAUUUUUUGGGAUCUCCCAUAUUGGAAGGAUAAUUUGUUAAGGCAUAACCUCGAUGUGAUGCACAUAGAAAAAAACGUCUUCGAUAAUAUAUUUAAUACUGUCAUGAAUGUUAAGGAUAAAACAAAGGAUAAUGAAAAGGCAAGAGAAGACUUGGCUAAAUUAUGCUUUCGCGGGGACUUGGAGCUCCAACCCUUAGAAAACGGAAAGAAUGGUAAACCAAAGGCUAGUUACACUCUAACCAAAUCUGAAGCCAAGUUGGUUUGUAAAUGGCUUAAGGAAUUGAGAAUGCCAGAUGGCUAUGCUUCAAACCUCAGUAGGUGUGCGAAUGUAGAAAAGGGUACGGUGCAUGGGAUGAAGAGCCAUGAUUGUCAUGUUUUCAUGGAAUGUUUACUCCCAAUUGCAUUCUAUUCAUUGCCAGAUUUGGUUUGGAAACCAUUAACUGAGCUAAGUCGAUUCUUUAAAGAUCUUUGUUGCAAUACAUUGAGGAUGGACGACUUAAUUAAGUUGGAUGAGAAUAUUCCAAUUAUCAUAUGCAAGUUGGAAAGGAUUUUUCCACCAGGUUUCUUUGACUCAAUGGAGCAUCUUCCAAUCCAUCUUGCCAAAGAAGCAAUUCUAGGUGGUCCAGUACAGUACCGAUGGAUGUAUCCAUUCGAAAGGUAA